AUAAUUGUGUAAUUUGGAAAAUGAAGCUAAUAACCACGUCAGGUGGUUUCAUAGCCUCAUACUCAUUCAUAACGAACAGAAGAACACCAUGUUAUACGUCUAAUGCUGCCGACAAAACACAACAUAGCGUUGGAGCUAUAGGUCACAAUACUGAUAGCGUUUUCAGAGAAGCAGAGGAGCUGAUGGCUGAAUUACCACUAAGUCAAUCUAUGUCGAUUGCGCAGAAUAUCGCAAAUAUGAGAUCCGCAUUGAUGAUGCCAGCACAGCAGAUGCCAAUGGAAGAUAACAAAUAUAAUGAUGAUAAAAGGUGGUAUGGAAAGAAAGUCGGCGAACGGCAGAUAAGGAAGAUUAUAGGUGCAUCUCUAGGUAGACAGUAUAGUAAAUAUGAUCAACAUGAAGUGGUUGCACCAAAACCUACACCAAAGAAAGUACCCAAGCAUGGCCCUGGGAGACCCGUGGAUAUGAAAAUUUGGAUGAAUAUAGGAACAAACGACCUUCUCACACGAUGUAAAAGGGCAAGGAAAUUCCUUGAAGAUGGUAUACCCGUAACUUUCAAAAUAGAGGGACAGGGACAAACAUCCAACUAUAUUACCCAUGCAAAGAUAAUAGUCAAUACCGCCAUCGGUGUUCUUGGAGAUGUAGCAAAGUUGGGUGGUGAUUUACAGCAUCAUAAUAAUUGUUUAUCGCAAAUAUUUAAUCCUUUGAACAAAGUUAAAAAGGCACCUAUUCCUGCAGCAUCCUCUCCAAUAAACAAUAUGAACAAGGAUAUUCAUGGAGAACGUAAAAUCAAUGGAGGAAAUGAUGAUAAGUAUGGCAUGAAUGUCACAAAAAUGGAAGGUUCAACAUCAACAUUUAUAGAACCUGAAAUGGAAUCGUCUAAUGAAUGUGCAGUAACAGAAGAAAAUGAUUUAGAACCUCUCUCUUAUAAACCAUCGUUACCGGAUUUAACACAGCACGAUAAUUCGAAUUGUGAAUCUUUAAUGAGUGACCCCUUGAAAAACCACGUUGAUAGUGGUCAUUUCAAAUCAAUAGUUAAUGGCGAUAAAUCGACUAACGAAUCAUCAUCGAAGUGGAAAGUAAUUAAAGAAAAAGAGGAAGCAACAAAUGUCAAUUCUAUGCUGGGAUAUGCCGAUGCGACUAGAGGCCCUUGCAAAGAGAAUUCAUCUAAAUUUAUAACCAUAGAAAAAAGCGCUCAGAACAAUACAGCCAAGAGUGCAUCUACUUCAAAAAAUGAUGAAAUGAUGAAACGGUUCUUGGAAAUGCGCGCUAGUAAUCAUAUAAAAGCAAAGGAGCCUAAGCAGUAUCCUAUUGAUCAACCGAGGGUUCCCAAUGUGAACAUUCCAGUUCGCAUGAUAGAGCCACCACUAGUUACAAAUCGAAGCGCUCAUGUGUAUCGCCCAGUUGUAAAUGGAUACCCGCCAAGGAUUCCGUAUGCUCCUCACACGCAAAUUCCUGCACAAUAUGGCAGUGAGUUUGUAACACAACCACCAACCCCGGUAUAUCCCAAUCUAGCAAUCAAUUACCCAGAACCAUCAAAGUCUCAUCUUCAACAGCCUAUCAUCCACCCUACAGCUCCAGGUAUACCGGUUACGAGCCACCGGGAUACCAACCCAAAAGCUGCCAAAUCGAGGUGGAUAGUGUUGAAUAAGGAUUGAAAUGGAUAUAAGAUAAUAUG